CGAGAGACGCCCGGGACGGGCCACGGGACGGAAGCAAGAGGGAUCGGGGCCCCGGGCACCGGCACGGGCGAGCAGCGGCGGAGCGAAGCCAGCGAGGAUGGGCAGCGGCGGGCUGGGGCCGGGCGUCGCGCUCCUCCUGGCUGCGCUCCUGCUCAUCACGGAGCGGCGCGCGGCGGCGGCGGCGGCUUGUUCUGGCUGUGGAAAAUGUGACUGUAGUGGAGUAAAAGGGCAGAAAGGUGAAAGAGGCUUGUCGGGUUUACAAGGUUUGGUUGGGUUUCCUGGAAUACAAGGACCUGAAGGGCCCCCAGGUUCCCCAGGACUGAAGGGUGAUACUGGAGAACCAGGACUACCAGGAACAAAAGGAACAAGAGGCCCACCAGGUCCAGCAGGCUACCCAGGAAAUCCUGGCCUUCCUGGCAUCCCUGGAGGAGAUGGUGCACCAGGUCCUCCUGGUAUCCCAGGAUGCAAUGGAACAAAGGGCGAAAGAGGUCCCCUUGGUCCCCCAGGUUUUCCUGGAUUGCCUGGAAAUCUAGGCCCUCCAGGACUUCCAGGAAUAAAGGGAGACCCAGGAGAAGUUAUUGGAUUCGUACCAGGUGGUGUACUAAAAGGUGAAAAAGGGUUUCCUGGUCACCCUGGAUUACCGGGAUCACCUGGUGUACCAGGCAUUGAAGGCCCUAUUGGACCACCUGGACCUCCCGGUAGUCCUGGUGCUCCAGGGCCACCUGGCCCCCAAGGUGAAAAGGGUCAUAUGGGUUUGAGGUAUCAAGCACCAAAAGGUGAAAAGGGUGAACGGGGCGUUAUGGGCCCUCCAGGUCGCGAAGGACCUGCUCCACGACAGGAAGAGAAAGGGGUCAUAAUCAUACGUGGAGACAAAGGUGAUUCUGGUGACAAGGGUGACCCUGGCUUUCCAGGGUCACCAGGCCUAAGCAGGAAAGGAGAGAAAGGUGAACUUGGAAAACCUGGUCCGCAGGGAAGGCCUGGGAAGGAUGGAGAAGAUGGAGAGAAGGGAAGAAGUGGAGAAUCUGGCUCCCCAGGAUUUCCAGGACUACCAGGAACAAAUGGCCCUAAAGGAGAUAAGGGUGUACCAGGUUCCCCAGGAGCUCCAGGAAUAGUAAUAGGGACAGGGGUUGAAGAAGUAUUUGGUGAAAAGGGAGAUCCAGGUCCUGCAGGAUUUCCAGGAGCAAAAGGCGAACCAGGACAAAAAGGUUUUCCAGGUCUACAAGGUCCUCCAGGUCGUCCAGGGCAACCCAGUCCAGGGAUAACAGGAGCACCUGGUUUUCCGGGCGAGAGAGGAGAAAAGGGUGACCGGGGGGCCCCUGGACUUGCUUUGCCUGGACCAAAAGGAAGAGACGGACCUCCAGGACCUCGUGGUUUACCAGGGCUUCCAGGCUCACCUGGCAUAACAGAUGGAAUUCUAGACUGUCAGCCUGGGCAACCGGGUGAUCCAGGCCUUCCAGGCGCUCCUGGCCAACAUGGCUUCUCGGGAGAAAGAGGAGAAAAAGGUGAAAGAGGUGAAGGCUGUUUUUCUUGUGAAGUAUGUGGCCUUCCUGGAUCACCAGGGCCCCAAGGGCCUCCAGGGGACCAAGGUAUUCAAGGACCACCAGGUGCUAAAGGUGACAGGGGCUUUCCUGGAUCUGAGGGCAUUCCAGGAGUAACAGGACCUCCAGGUAUACCUGGUUUGAUGGGAAACCCAGGAGUGAAAGGGGAGCCUGGAGAUGUUUUCAUUGACCCUAAUUUAAAGGGUGAAAAAGGAAAUCCUGGUUUCCCUGGACAUCCAGGUGCUCCUGGGAUAGAAGGAAGGACAGGGCGGGAUGGCCUGCCAGGUGCCCCAGGUCUUAAAGGUGCAUCGGGAACAAUUGGGUUAAAAGGAGAACGUGGCCCCCCAGGAAUAAAUGGUUUCCCAGGACCCCGUGGAGAUAGAGGCUUUCCUGGUUCCCCAGGGCUUGGGCCUACUGGGCCACCUGGUGAUAAAGGGGAUAAAGGUAUUUCGGGGAUUCCCGGCACCCCAGGAUUUCCAGGACCCAAAGGUGAAACUGGGCGUGCCGUUUCUCUGCCUGGUUUACCUGGAGCAGAUGGUGUUCCUGGCGUUCCUGGGAUUGCAGGCAUCCAAGGUGACAAAGGACAUCCAGGGAUCCCAGGAAGACCUGGCCUGCCUGGUGAAAAAGGUCUGCCAGGCCCACCAGGAAUAGGGUUUCCUGGUCCUCCGGGGCCUCCAGGUUUUCCAGGUCAGCAAGGCCCACCAGGUGUAACUGGACAGAAGGGAGAUCUUGGUCCCCCAGGGUUACCAGGUACACCAGGGGUACAAGGACAUAAAGGUGAACCUGGAUUAGGUCUCCCAGGACCUAAAGGUUUUCCUGGUCCACAAGGACGAGAUGGCCUUCCUGGACCAAAAGGUGAUCAAGGGUUCCCUGGUGUACCAGGAGAAAAAGGAUUUCCUGGUGUGUCUGGCCAAACAGGAUCCCAAGGUGACCCUGGUCCUGCUGGAUUACGGGGUCUGCAGGGCUCCCCCGGUUUACCAGGAAUAGGCCCUCCUGGCCCCUCUGGCUCUCCAGGACAAUCUGGCUCUCCAGGACCAAUAGGACCUCCAGGAAUUAAAGGAGAAAGAGGCUACCCAGGUGCCACUGGGCGGGAUAUGCCAGGGCCAAAAGGAGAUAAGGGUAUCCAAGGAUCACCAGGGCUGCCAGGAUUACAAGGGUUGCCAGGCCUACCUGGCCUACAAGGACAAGAAGGGCGCCCAGGUGCCCCAGGAAUCAAAGGAGGAAUGGGCAUUAUGGGAACCCCUGGAACCCAGGGUCCUCCUGGUCCUGCAGGAUCGUCUGGAGUUCCAGGUGAAAAAGGUGACAGAGGUUUUCCUGGAGUGGCAGGACUCAGAGGUAAUCCUGGUCUGAAAGGUGAAAAGGGCGAAACUGGUCUACCAGGAGAGCCAGGAACGAUAGAUAAACUGGACAUGGGAAGCAUGAAAGGCGAAAAAGGAGAUCAAGGAAUCAAAGGACAACAGGGGCCAGAAGGAGUGAAAGGAACUCAGGGGGAUCCUGGCACACCGGGAAUGUCAGGGAAGCAUGGGGAACCCGGUUUACCUGGCCAAGCAGGGCCAAAAGGGGACCAAGGCCCUCCAGGACACCUGGGUGAACCAGGAUCUCCUGGACAAAAGGGAUCCAUAGGAGAAAUGGGUAUCCCAGGACAACCAGGAGAAAAGGGUGUGCACGGUCUUCCAGGUGAGGCAGGUAAACCUGGGUUUCCUGGAGUGAAAGGUGUGAAAGGUGACAAAGGAGAGUCUGGACUUCCAGGAAUCGGCUUCCCUGGGGCUCAUGGUGAGAAGGGAGAACCAGGAAAGACAGGUAGUCCAGGCAUACCUGGAGUGAAAGGUGAAAAGGGUAUUCUAGGAAUUCCAGGCAUCCCUGGCUCCCCAGGUGUCAAAGGGGAACCAGGUCUUCUAGGUUCUCCAGGUGUUCCAGGUAUCCCAGGUGGAAAAGGUGAAAAAGGAUUCCCAGGCUUAGAUGGGUUUCCUGGCUUAAAAGGAAAAACAGGUGACCCUGGGUCUCAAGGUCCCCUAGGUGCUCCUGGUGAAAAGGGUGAGCCAGGUUAUGAUGGAAUCCCAGGCUCACCUGGUACAAAGGGUGACCCAGGUAUUCCAGGUAGAGGACUUCCUGGACUUCAAGGUUCAAAGGGAGAAAAAGGUACAAAAGGAAAUGUGGGUUUCCCAGGCUCCCCAGGAAGUCCAGGGAUUCCUGGUGCAAAAGGAGAGUCAGGAUUUGUUGGCCCACAGGGUCCUCCAGGCCAACCGGGUAUUCCUGGAUUACCAGGCAAAGUUGGAGAGGGACCGAAGGGUGACCGGGGACCCCAAGGUCGACCUGGGCUUCAAGGGGUUCCUGGGCCACAAGGGUCUCCAGGUGCUCCAGGAUCAUCAGGAGCGAGAGGAGAAAAAGGAAGUCCAGGUUGGCCUGGAUCACCUGGAAGAUCUGGACUCAAAGGUGACCAGGGACCUCAAGGAAUCCCUGGUAGUGCUGGUUUUCCGGGAACUGCUGGCCAAAAAGGUGACAUGGGACCUCCUGGAAUUCCAGGCCCUCAAGGUUUAAAAGGUACUUUCGGCUUCCCUGGAACCAAGGGAGGACAAGGCGAUCAAGGGUUUCCAGGAGCCAAAGGUGUUCCAGGCCCACCAGGUCCUCCAGGCCCUUUCCAGCUUUUGAAAGGUGAACCAGGCUUACCUGGUCCUGAUGGCCCAGUUGGCCCUAGAGGUCCUCCAGGUGUUCCAGGCCCAAAAGGCCAACAAGGUGUAACGGGAUCUGAGGGUUUGACUGGUCCCCCAGGCACUCCAGGAUUUGAUGGAACACCUGGCCACAAAGGAGAAGCUGGCCCUGUUGGCCCCCCAGGUCCUAGAGGCUUUCCUGGCCCACCUGGUCCUGAAGGUAUGCCAGGGUCAAUGGGUCCACCAGGGAGCCCCUCCGUUGCUCAUGGCUUCCUUGUGACCAGGCACAGCCAGAGCACAGAAGAGCCAUCAUGUCCGUCUGGAACAAGACUAAUGUUCUAUGGGUAUUCUUUGCUUUAUGUACAAGGAAACGAACGGGCCCAUGGCCAGGACCUGGGCACAGCAGGAAGCUGUCUACGCAAAUUCAGCACAAUGCCUUUCCUGUUCUGCAACAUUAACAACGUCUGCAAUUUUGCCUCGAGGAAUGAUUAUUCUUACUGGUUAUCUACCCCUGAGCCAAUGCCAAUGAGUAUGGCUCCCAUUACAGGAGACAGCAUCAGGCCUUUCAUCAGCAGGUGUGCUGUAUGUGAAGCUCCUGCAAUGGUGAUGGCAGUUCACAGUCAAACAAUCCAAAUUCCACCCUGUCCAGAAGGCUGGAGAUCUCUGUGGAUAGGCUACUCCUUUGUGAUGCACACCAGUGCUGGUGCAGAGGGCUCGGGGCAAGCUUUGGCAUCUCCAGGCUCCUGUCUUGAAGAGUUCCGCAGUGCCCCAUUCAUAGAAUGUCAUGGCAAGGGCACCUGCAAUUAUUAUGCAAAUGCUUACAGCUUCUGGCUUGCCACUAUUGAGAGAAAUGAAAUGUUCAAGAAACCUACUCCGUCCACGCUGAAAGCAGGAGAACUACAUACAAAUGUUAGCCGUUGCCAAGUAUGUAUGAGAAGAACAUAAUGAGUUGUACCUAAUGUCACAAUAUGGUGCUAUUCUGUUAACAGCGUGAAGCUUAGGCAUAUAUCCUCUGUACCUCAUUGCUGCCCAGUAUGAAAAGCGUCAAGUGCCUUAAGGGAACCUGCCGAACUAAACUCUCUACUUUCUUGGCUUUUUAGUUGCCUAAGAUGAAGAAGAUACACUUCAAAUGGCACUUUUGAAUAAACAUUAUCUUAUAAAUGAAUGUGAUGCACUGAUAAUCUAAAUCUCCCCCCCUCAAAAAAUCCAAGGUGCUAAGAGGGGUACAGCUCUGCCUCAUGUGUGUAACUCCCCUUUUCCAUUUCUGUGUAUUAGAUAUAUAGAAUUACUCUAUCAUUCUUUUUAUCUUGAAUUCCCAGGCUCUUUAUUAUAUAUGGUUGUUGUACAAAUUAAUACUAAUGUAAAGAAGAGUUCUGGAAAUAGAGUAUGACUGAACACCAAGAUUCCUUAUUGACAUAACAGAGGGUACGGACAUACAAACAUUUUUUCUUGGCUAAAUUGUGUAUAGCAUUAAAGAGCCUGCAUAGAAUCAUGGAGUUGGAAGGGGCCUAUAAGGCCAUCACGUCCAACCCCCUAAGGUAAGAGGAAACAUAAUUCUUGCUGAUCAAUAAAAUGAGUCUGCCCUCUAGUACCUUAUGGCUUUUUAUGGCCACUUUUCCUGUGGAAUACAGAAUGGUCCAGUGUGUAUUUAUUUAUUGGGUUUCUAUAAAAUAUGCUGAUAUCUAAAGCAGAUUGUAUCGUUAUAAUCAAACCAAUAUAAUUAUUUUAAAAGGGCCUUAUAGGAAACUUCCUUGAUUGUGUACUUAAAAAAUAAAAUUUGUAAUAAAACUAUUUGUGUAAAAAAA